GAAAAGGCAGGUACGUGAGUCAGGCGUCCCUGACUCAUAUCACAGGAAAUCCAUGGUGUCUUCGUUGGAUGCCGACCAUGGAAAUCCCCGGCAUCCCCCUGCGAUAAAACAAAAAAAUAAAUGCAAAAGCAUCCCUAUGACUCCAAGGGUUACACACACACACACAGAGCAGACAUUUGGGCGCGUUUCAUUCACAAUGAAGCUUCGACAGAUUUGUUCUUGAUAUGCAUAUAAGAUUCUUGUGAGGAUUAGUCUUUGCAGGUCUAGACUCUAGGCUCAUUGUGUUUCGGUAUGUAACAAGUAUCCUUUCAGAGUCUUUGCUUUUGGGUUGUGGGUGGCCCCAGCAAAACACAAAAUAUUGAACAUUGAAGAAGUACAGUUCCAUAGCAGUGUGAAACCAGAAGAACGCGACCCCCACAGCGUCCCUUUGUGUUUAAAAUGGAAGUCCAUCCAGUUCCAAGAGCUUUGGAGUCCCAAGUAUGCAAUACUUAGGACAAUGCGAUUCAAACAUGUAGCUACUCUUGUUGUUCUUUGCUGAAUGUGGUCUUUUGCUGACCUCCUAUUGCAUCCUCAAGCUACAUCUGCGUAAUCCACGACUGGGAUGGCAAUUCGCUGUCUCAAGUUUACAUUUAACCUCUUGACUCGAGACUCGGCAGGCUUUCGUUUAGGGUUUGGUGGGUUUGGUUGGCAUUGGUUUGUGUAGCGUUUGGUGUUUGGUUUUCUUAGUUUUGGUUUGUUUAGCGGGAUUUAGUUUUGGAUGUUUUUUGGCAUUUGGCUUUCGGUGUUCGCGGCACCUCCUGCCUCCACCUUGCGCCUUCCUCGAGGUCCCUUUUUGGGAUUUGGUUUUCGGUUUUCCCGCCUCCGCCUUGCAUGCGCUCUCCUCUUUCGGAUGCCCGAUGUUGUUUUUCAUCAGUUGCUUUUUGAUGGUGGUUAUUUUUCCGACCUGCAUGUUGUUUUUCAACAUGUGGCUGCGUCAAACCACAGUUUCUUGAUUCAGGAUUCGGCUUUUGUUCCGGGCACCUUUCCGCCUUCCUUUCAGGGUUCUGCUUUCGGUUCUCGUUGAUCUCGGAGCAGGUCUCCUUGUGUGGGCGUCUCCAAAUCUAGCAAACUAUCAAAUCAAUCAAACAAAUCUCGUGAGCUCAAGAAACUACAAAUAUCAACAGCGUACCCAGGCGGAAAGGGAAAUGCCGUCACAGCAGCAGCGGCGGCAGCAGCAGCAGCCCUUGGGCUGAAAGUAAUCAAGCAAGCCACACUCAUACACAACUCGAUGGGAUUACCUCAUACCAUUACUGAAAUCGUCAUAUUGGAAGCGCAUUCGAGGCCACGUUGUGAUGAAAGCAGCAAAUGCUCACACUGUCACCCAUCAGUGCCACGCAAUCGGAUGUUGGAGAGAAAGUCCAAAGACCCGAGUGUGUAAGCUUGUGUCAAAUACCGCGAAACACGGUCACCUGCGCAGUCCUCCAGUAGUUGUGGUUUGGCGGUGGAUAUUGUGCUGCCUCGAGGCAUGCACCUUUUUGCAGAGAUGAAACACCUUCUAGAACCAUCAGUUUUGAAGCGACUCCGCCAUCAACACACAGGUGCUUGAUUUGACAUGUGACUACCGAAUGUAAGCGCGACGAAAAUUGAUGUUCAGAACUGCAAAAAAUCGGGGCACCCAGGGACCUACAUCUCGCACAUCGCCAAGAACACUUUGAGCCUUGUCGCCACCUGAGGGUUGUUGGGUCUCGGCUGGCUCAGGCUGAGUCUGACCACCGUCAAAGAGACUGGCACGGUGUUGCUCCGGAUUCUGGCAGCUCUCCUGGCUAAAGCGUUGGCAAGCGGCUGGUGAAGGUUCAAACAAAACAACUGGUUUUUGGAGAGUGUCCACGUGCGCAUUCACUCUGAGUGCUCGUUCUUUGGGCGUGGCUGGUCACUUGGGCCCGUUUGGGCCUCCAGAUUCUGACUCCAGACAACUGUGGUUGAGCAUCACCCGACACAAGUAAAAACACGACCGAACGGAAAGACGAGGUUCCUGCAUCAUAGACAACAUCAUGUUUCAGCAUAGGUCGUUUUCUAUGAUCCAACAUGAUCAGAGAAUAAAUAUGGCUAACAUUUCUACACCUGGUUGAAGCAUGGAACAUUGGUGUUUUCCGGCACUCAUUCCUCUCUCCAAAAUAUAAUCACCAGCAUGGACUUCAGUGCCAGUUCGUGACAGUCUCCUUCGUGCUGAUGGUUUACACUGAUGACCUGUGGCCAGGCUAAUCAAAUCAUCCAUGUUGAAGGUUGAAAAGACCGCCAAAAUAGAUGUACAAAUUUUGUUAUAGCAAUUCGUCACAGGAUUUCUAGUUCAGAAAGUUCCGAGAUAGGGAAAGUUGCACGAGAGAGCUCCGCAUGCUCGGACACACUUGUGAAUGAGCGAUGCGAGCGCAGAUUGGGGAUAUUAUUUCUUCAGGGAACGGACACUGGCGAGUUGAAAAUUUGCGCACAAGUCUUGUAGAAA